GAUGGGAAACUUGACCUCUGAACCCAGACAAAGUCCAAACUUCAGCAGACAGAACUCUGCACGGAGCGUCGAUAGAGGAAGAAACUCAUCUCAGCUGAGCGCCUGGAACCAUGAAACUGCUGGUUGUUGUUUCCGCCAUCGCCCUGCUGUGUGCCGCCGGUGAGGCUCUGAACUGCCACCGCUGCACCCCCACGAAGGCGGGGGAGAGCUGCCGCCUGUCCGUGGAGACGUGUAAGGCAGGGAAGGACGCCUGCGCCGCCGCCUCCUUCCUCAGAGCGCCGUAUGGGCGGUACCAGAAGUGCAUGGCUCUGUCUGACUGCCGCAUGCUGCAGAUGAACGCGUACAUCCAGAUCAGCUGCUGCAGCGAGGACAUGUGCAACACGCUGUGAUCCUGCAGUCUGUCAAUAAAAGGCUUGAGGAUGGGGGCGGAGCCUCUGUCACUCAUAGCAAUAACACCCCCUACA